AUGGCAUCAUCUAUCGGUCAUACGAACAAUCAAGAAUCAAAGAAAACAAGUUUAUUAUCAAAACCACCUACAUAUAGAAAUCCAGCACUUGAACUAAGGAUCGACAUUAUCAAAAAUAGAUCAACCGUAUCUUUCAACAAUAAGAGGUUGGCUGAUGAUGAUAUGGAAAUUUUAGCUUAUUAUUUAUUACAAAACAACGAGACACUCACUAAACUUGUCCUCUUCAGCAAUCAAAUCGGAGACAGAGGUUUACAAUAUCUUGGUGAAGUAUUACAACACAACACAACACUCACUACCCUCGAGCUACAAAGCAACCAGAUCGGAGACAAAGGUUUGCAGUAUCUUGCUGAAGCAUUACAAAAGAACACGACACUCACUACCCUCGAGUUGCAUAGCAAUCGAAUCGGAGAUAAAGGUGCACAGUAUCUAGGUAAAGCAUUAAAAAACAACACAGUAAGAGAUAAAUUAAUGUUACUUCAUCUUAAGUAUAUUCAUCUUCCUGCUUUCAUACAGACACUUACUACACUUUAUCUGUCCGCCAAUCAAAUUGGAGCCAAAAGUGAACGGUAUCUUGGUGCAGCAUUAAAAAAGAAUAUAACACUCGUCACACUCGUUUUCAUCUACAAUCAAAUCAAAGCUCAAGAUCCACAGUAUCCUAGUGAAGGAUUACAAAAGAACACAACACCUACAACACUCAACGUCGACGACAAUCAAAUGUGA